CUUGUUUUACAGCAAAUGGCGGACGACGCCGGUGCUGCGGGAGGAGCUGGGGCAGCAGCAGCAGGAGGAGGAGGAGGAGGAGGUGCUGGUGCUGGUGGUGGAGCAGCAGCUGCUGCCAGGGGUGGCUUUCGAGGAGGCUUUGGCAGUGGAGGCCGAGGCCGUGGACGGGGCCGUGGUAGAGGCCGUGGACGAGGGCGUGGGGCCCGAGGCAAAGCUGAAGACAAAGAAUGGAUUCCAGUCACCAAACUUGGUCGCCUGGUCAAGGACAUGAAAAUCAAGUCUCUGGAAGAGAUUUACCUUUUCUCCCUUCCAAUCAAGGAGUCUGAAAUCAUCGACUUUUUCCUGGGCUCCUCUUUGAAGGAUGAGGUUUUGAAGAUUAUGCCUGUUCAGAAACAAACCCGUGCCGGUCAGCGCACCAGGUUCAAGGCCUUUGUCGCCAUUGGGGACUACAACGGCCACGUUGGUCUCGGAGUCAAAUGCUCCAAAGAAGUUGCCACUGCAAUUCGCGGGGCCAUCAUCUUGGCGAAACUGUCCAUUGUGCCAGUGAGGCGAGGCUACUGGGGUAAUAAGAUUGGCAAGCCCCACACCGUACCAUGCAAGGUAACAGGCCGGUGCGGCUCUGUCCUGGUUCGUCUCAUCCCUGCACCGCGUGGUACUGGAAUUGUGUCUGCACCAGUUCCCAAGAAACUACUGAUGAUGGCUGGUAUCGACGACUGUUACACGUCAGCAAGGGGUUGCACAGCCACCUUGGGCAACUUUGCUAAGGCCACCUUUGAUGCCAUCUCCAAGACCUACAGUUACCUGACCCCUGACCUCUGGAAAGAGACUGUGUUCAUAAAAUCUCCUUACCAGGAGUUCACUGAUCAUCUGGCAAAGACCCAUGCCGCCAGAGUGUCUGUGCAGAGGACCCAGGCAGCUGCUGUGGCAACUACUUAAAAGAUUCUGUACAUCAAAUAAAGUGGAAUGACCAAGUCUGAUUUAUAAA